AUGUUCGCAACGCUGCCAGACUUCACGCCGCGAGAUUCACAUUCUCUGUGGUACUCGUCGUCUAGGAAUCCCUUCAUCCCUCCAGGCCCGGUCGAUAACCUUCACACGGAUCCGAACAACGGCGGCCACCAUGGCCCGGCGCACUCGCGGCAGCGUGGGCAGCUCAUGGAGCGGACAUUGCUCGCGCGGCUUGCUGCAGACGAGCAGAAGAUGCACCGGCGCCGACUGAACGUGCAGAACUUUGGCAGCACCUGGCUGAAGCCCCCCGGAGUGCCAAAGACGCUGCAUCAGAUGCGGGAGGAGAAGCGCGAACAGGAGGAACACCAGGAAGCCAUGCGGCGGGAGCAGCUUGCCCAGGAGCUGGCGGAAGCCGAGGGUGGCGGCCCAAUGGACGAGGGCAUGAUGGACGAUGUGCAGCUCGACGGGGCGCAAGAUCUGGAUGAUGAAAUCCCGGAUGCGGACGACGCCUUUGAUCCGAGCAGCGAGGAGAGCGAGGAAGACGGCGGAGAAGAAGAAGACGAAGAGAACGAAGAUGACGACGACGACGAAGAGGCAGUGCGAGAAGAGGAAGCCGACGAAGAAGCUCUACGGGAGGAAAGACAGCACGGCCUGGUGGCGGCGCGCAUGCGCAUGACGGACGACGCCUUCCGGGAAGCCCUUAUCCGCGGAGACCCAGAAGCGGGCGGCAGCAUGUACGGCGGCGACGAGGAUCUGGAAGACGAGGACCGCGAGCAGAUGCUCGACGAGGACGAUUUCGCCUACGACAACACGCUGGACGAUGGCACAGCCGGCGACAUGGAUGCCGACCUCGACGACGACAUCCCCGAGGCCGACGACCACGGCGGGUACGAGCAUACCGAUUCCGAGGCCGAAGUCAGCAGCAGCGUCAACGUCCACGAGCAAGACGACGACGACGACGACGACGAUGAGGGGGAAGAGGGAGAGGGAGACACGACGGACACGCACGACCUCAGCUUCAUGCCGUCGCGUGCUGCGCCCCUCGGGACCCCUCAGUCCCCCACGAUGCCGCGGCACGCGGGCUUCCCCCCCUCUGGCCCCCGCGCAAGCAUGGACCUGAGCGGGUUGCUUUCGCAGGACGAGAGCAGCUUGAUGGCCAUGAUGGAGAGCAGUCCUGCUGUGACGACGAGGAGGAGGGCGGGCCAGCGGAAGUAG